AUGGCGGCCACCAGGUUGCCUCUCCUCCUCCUCCUCCUCGCCGCCACCGUCGCUGCGGCGGCCGACCUCUCCGUCUACCACAACGUCCACCCUCAUUCCGCCUCCCCGCUCGAGUCCAUCAUCGCGCUCGCCCGCGACGACGACGCGCGCCUCCUCUUCCUCUCCUCCAAGGCCGCCUCCGCCGGCGCCGCCUCGGCGCCCGUCGCCUCCGGCCAGACCCCGCCCUCCUACGUGGUGCGCGCCGGGCUCGGCUCGCCGGCCCAGCCCAUGCUCCUGGCCCUCGACACCAGCGCCGACGCCACCUGGGCGCACUGCUCCCCGUGCGGCACCUGCCCCGCCAGCAGCCUCUUCGUCCCGGCCAACUCCUCCUCCUACGCGCCCCUCCCCUGCUCCUCGUCCAUGUGCCCCAUCCUCCAGGGCCAGCCCUGCCCGGACCGGGACCCCUUCGACAGCGCGGCGCCGCUGCCGUCGUGCGCCUUCUCCAAGCCCUUCGCCGACGCCUCCUUCCAGGCGGCGCUGGCCAGCGACUGGCUGCAUCUGGGCAAGGACUCCAUCCCCAACUACGCGUUCGGGUGCGUGGGCUCGGUGAGCGGGCCGACGUCGAACCUCCCGAAGCAGGGCCUCCUGGGCCUGGGCCGGGGCCCCAUGGCCCUGCUGUCCCAGGUCGGGAACAUGUACAACGGCGUCUUCUCCUACUGCCUCCCGAGCUACAAGUCGUACUACUUCUCCGGGUCGCUCCGGCUGGGCGCCGCCGGGCAGCCCCGGGCGGCGCGGUACACGCCGAUGCUGAGGAACCCGCACCGGUCGUCGCUCUACUACGUGAACGUGACGGGGCUGAGCGUGGGGCGGUCCCCGGUGAAGGUGCCGGCGGGGUCGUUCGCGUUCGACCCCAGCACGGGCGCGGGCACGGUGGUGGACUCCGGCACGGUGAUCACGCGGUGGACGGCGCCCGUGUACGCGGCGCUGCGGGAGGAGUUCCGGCGGCACGUGGCGGCGCCGAGCGGGUACACGUCGCUGGGCGCGUUCGACACGUGCUUCAACACGGACGAGGUGGCGGCCGGGGGCGCGCCGGCCGUGACGAUCCACAUGGACGGCGGCGUGGACCUGGCGCUGCCGAUGGAGAACACGCUGAUCCACAGCAGCGCCACGCCGCUGGCGUGCCUGGCCAUGGCGGAGGCGCCGCAGAACGUGAACGCCGUCGUCAACGUCGUCGCCAACCUGCAGCAGCAGAACCUCCGGGUCGUCUUCGACGUCGCCAACUCGCGCGUCGGCUUCGCCCGGGAGUCAUGCAACUAG